CCUAAGUCCUAUUGUGUGUGCAUGCGGUGCACUGGCAUAAAGGCAGUGAGUGAGAGAGUGUGUAAGCGAGCAGAGAGGGGAGGGGCUUUCAGACUCCAAAACAACACUGGCGCGAGUGAGACCGUAGCAGGGAGAGAGAAUGCGGCAGAAGGAGGGAGCAGACCGUCACUGGCCACCGGCUGUGAGAGAAAGGAAAAGAGACCGAUUCUCACCUCUUUCUAUUUCUCUGCAUCUAUUUUAUUGCUCUGCGCCAUGUCAGUCCCUCUGUUCUGCUCUCCUCGCUGCUCCUGAUUCACUCUCUACCGACAGUCUUCUUUCUCUGUCCUACAUCCGACUUGCGACUAUCUCUGACUCUCCUCCAAACGCUCACCUACCUGACAGUGAGCGUUUUCCACUCCGCCGUCUCUCCUCCUCACUCGCUGUCUACUUUCUCUCUCUUUACUGUCAUCUGUCCGCUUUCUCUUGGUGAGAGGAUGCCAGUGCUGGAGGGGCUUUGGGGCCCAGAUUUGAGGAUGCGGGACUCUGGUCUUGGGGUCGGGGUUGAAGUCAGGGUAUGUCCUGAAGAGACUCCCCGCUCACCAGUUUGGGGUCCUCUCAGGAUGCCUCCAGUUACCUGUGGGGGUUUGUCUCUGGCCCUGGAGCUUCCUGCUCUCAUACGGCAGCUAAGAGCAGCCUGGCGGGCUCGCAGGGGGGGCCCGCUGGAUCCUGAGAGGAGUCCGACAAGCACUUGGGUGGCAGAAGAAGAAGAAGUAGAGGAGAUGAAAAAUGACUUGGAGGAAAAGAGUCCUCAUCUGGAAGCUGAUGGCACACUGAACACUGGUCAUGCUGGUGUGUUGCUGGUUGAGAGAAGAGGCUCCUACCCUCUGAUCGACCUGCGAAUUCUCAGAACCAGUGCCCAGCAGGGGGAGGUAGAGUCCGGCACCAGGAGAAAAGUGAAACGUCUGCUGAGCUUUCAGAGAUACUGCCACGCCUCCAGGCUGCUGAGGGGGUUGGUGCCCCACACCCCUGGGUCACUGCACCUACUGGACGACGACUACCUGGGACAAGCUGCGCACAUGCUAUCAAAAGUAGGAACAUGGAACUUUGACAUUUUCCUCUUUGACCGUCUUACAAAUGGUAACAGCCUGGUGACUCUGAUGUGUCAUCUCUUCAAUGUCUAUGGUCUCAUUCACCAUUUUGAGCUGGACAUGGUCAAAUUACACAGGUUUCUUGGCAUGGUACAAGAGGACUACCACUCCCAGAACCCCUAUCACAAUGCUGUCCAUGCCGCUGAUGUCACUCAAGCCAUGUACUGCUACCUGAAGGAGCCUAAGCUUGCAGAGCAGCUGAGUCCUCUGGAUGUGUUUCUGGGUCUGAUGGCAGCAGCCGCCCAUGAUGUGGACCAUCCUGGAGUCAACCAGCCCUUCCUCAUUAAGACCAGACACCACCUCGCGUCCCUCUACCAGAACACGUCUGUGCUGGAGAGUCACCACUGGAGGUCCACAGUGGGCAUGCUGCGAGAGUCAGGACUGCUGUCCCACCUGCCUGCAGACAUGUCGCAGGACAUGGAACAGCAGCUGGGCUCUCUCAUUCUGGCCACAGACAUCAGCAGGCAGAACGAGUUCCUGUCGACCUUCAGAGAACAUCUGGACAACCAGGACCUGGACCUCCAACUGACCUCACACAGGCACUUUAUACUGCAGAUUGCUCUAAAGUGUGCUGACGUGUGUAAUCCAUGUCGGGUUUGGGAGCUGAGCAAACAGUGGAGUGAGAGGGUCUGUGAGGAGUUCUACCGGCAGGGGGAUCUGGAAAGGAAGUUUGAGUUGGAGAUAAGUCCUCUGUGUGACCAGCAGGCUGACUCUGUUCCAGCCAUUCAGAUCGGGUUCAUCUCCUACAUUGUGGAGCCUCUGUUCGAGGAGUGGCACCGCUUCACUGAGUCCAGCCUGCUCAGCCAGACCAUGAUGGGUCACCUGCACAGGAACAAGGCCCGCUGGAGCCGCCUAAGAUAUGCACGCACACAUUCAGACUCACACUCCCAUGCUGAGGAUCCGGAGCCUGAAGAAGCAGAAGGAGAAGGAGGUGGACGAGAGGAGGGAGAAGACAUCCCUUAAUCUUUUUCCCAAUCUCCUAAGGUGUUAUCCUUUGUGAAUGGAGGAGAGGAGUGUUUAUCCACCUCCUUGUUUGUCCUCCAGAAUAUUUUCUCCCACUGCCAGUUGUUCAAAGGCUCUUAAAGUGGGAGCACUGGAUGGGAGUGGAGGAGUAAUGGCUCCCUCUGCUGGGCCGGAGGACUUUAGCCAUGCAGGAGGGGGGGAAAAAAAGAAGCCGGAGAGAGAUUCAUGGUUUGGCGGGUGAUCUUAGUAAAUAUAUGCCUCACUCUAUUGCUCAGUCAUAUCUGCUUCAAAGUGUCAGAGAAAAGCAGGAAAAGUAUUUAAAAGUUAUAGAAGAAGAGGGAUCAAUGAAGACAUGCUGCUGGGACAAUAAAGAAAUGUAACACAGAUUAGCGGGAUGUCGCUGGAAAGAAAACAUAGAAUAUAUGAAACUUUACUCUAUUUGACACUUUUUUAAAGCUUUAACAAGAAUAAAAAAAACAUACUCUAUAAGAAGCUUUUAAAUUUAAAUCUUUUGUACAGUUUGCACUUCUAUUGGACGCUCUUUCUUACAAGAGUGUCACUUGUCUGUGCUUCUCUGAAGUGUGUUUUUAACUCCAGCACUAAGUUGGCCUGUCAAGGUUAAAGAUGUCUUCUGCUCUAACUGGCUGAACUGAACUCGUGACAAAAAGACUUCAGCUGGACGUUUGUUUUUCGAACUCAGAAACACGAACGAAAGCCAUUUUUCUUUACGUUUUUUCAUGUUGUAAACGGUAUAAUCUGUAAAUAUUGUGUCACACAACCUCAGCACUUCAGACAGAAAAAUCUCUGCAAUGUAAUAACCUUUCUACUGGGUAAGGAUCUAGGGGAACUUAGGUCUAACACUGGUUUUUAGCAUAUUAAUGGGUGCAUUUAUUUGUUUGAUAUAGCCUCAAUUUACAACAAACACACAUACACAACAAAGCCUUAACAGUUAAUUAGUCCUCCUGUCUGUGAAACACUUUUUCUGAGGGUGUUGAUGCCAUUUCCUGGAUAAGAUUUCUUUCACUGUCAAACUGUUCACUUACAGAUUCUACCUAUAUUCCUUCAGCUGCACCAGCAUACUGACACACACACACACACACACACACACACAGGACUGUAGCAGCUUAUUUGAUUUUUCACCCAGUAUAGUCAGAUUGGGUCUUACACCCAUUCAGGGCUGCCAAGGUGCCAACGAAUGUCUCUGACGCAUGGACUCACUGCUCGGUUACCUCUCGAAAGCGUUUCUACGACUUCCUUUUUCACACUUGUUGCAGGUACUGUGUGCACUGUGUCUCAUGUCAUGAACCGUCUUGGACCUAUUAGUAAUUGCAGACACCUCUAAAUCUUACAUCUGCUGUUUAAUAUCCAGCAGUGAGUACCAAGAUAUUUCAAAUGUCUGUUUCACAAGACUUAAUGACAUCAUUCAUGUUUUCAAAUAUGUACAUUUCAUUGCCAAAAAUGGUACUUUGAUAAGCGUUUAUAUUUAUAAUCACAAUAUGAAACGGAUCCAUAUGUAGCUGUUCCUGUAUAAUGUAAAAACAAAGCAUAUUAAGCAAUUCUAAAUACUAGUUGGUCCAAGUGUAAGAUCAAUUCAAUUCAAAAGACUUUAUCUGUCCCCGGGGGGCAAUUUGUGUAUUUACUUCAAGCUUAUUUUAUUAAGAUUCUUCUGUAAAUAUGUAUAGAUACAGUUGUUGACGGUGUAGAGAGAGGCCCAAUUCCCAUAUCUUCCGUUGAGUUAUAGAAGCAGAAUAACCUGAGCUUUAUAAUUGGCAAACAAUGAGAUUGAUUCUGUCACAGAACAGUUUAUGUUCAUAAAAACUACUCAAAGAAAAUAUGGAAACCCAAUUUAUUUGAUAGGUUUGAAAAGAAAAAAUGCAGCUGUGAUAUUAACCUUUUCUAUGACACGCAGGGCAAUAAAGUCACUGUCCAAGUUGUAACAGAGACGACUUAUUCCUGACUAUAGCGCUUGUAAUAUAUUAGCAAGUGACUCACAUGUUUUCACUAUAGCACUUUUGGCUUCGUUGUAACUCUCACUUUAUGUAAGCAGCACUAUGAUCUGGACAUGUGUUCUCUUGAAGUCACACAUUACUGCCGUAGUGUAUACAGGAGGCCUCAGGCUGCCGUGUUUCUCUAUACCUCCUCAAAUCCGCGCCAAACAGGGUCACUGAGCCAUACUGAUCUCACCUUGAAAUGCAAACAUGUGCCCUAUGCAUUUAAUGUUUCUAUGCCAGGUAUUAUUACAGGAGUUGUUAUAUGUCGACGAUCUUAUAUAACAAGAAGUUGGUUUCAAAAACACAUGUAUUCAUACUGUACACAUGCAUUGAUGUUGGGGUACAGUGUCCUCAAAAGAUCCACCUUUGUUUCUAAAGUAACCACCUUGUUCAAUCAACUAAUGCUUUACUGCAGAUUUAAUAAUGUUGAACAAUAACUUCAGUUUGAAGUCACAGAGUGUGUUACUAUACGUGUGUGAGGGUUUGAGAGAUUGUUUCAAUAGUAGCAGCAAGUCAAUUCUUUGAUUACACAGUAUGGCCUAAGUUUGGGUGGGGGGGAAACAGACUUUUCAUCAACAGAUGGACACAGUUUUUGAACUAUUGGAGCUCCAUUCAACAACUUCUGGCACUAGAUCGCUGAAUGAUAGCUAUGUGAAAGACUAAGGACUCUGGAGAACAAGUCAUCAUCUGCUCUUCAGUUGAAGCUUGAAUAAAUUCUUCUGCUGGUAUUUGUAACCCACCCAAUAGUGCACCUGGGUCAAGAGUGAUCGCGUGAUCAGAACAAAACUGGUCUAAUCUGAAUCUGUGUUUUGAUGUUUGGACUUUAUCUAACUUCUGGACUAUACACUUAUGUUCUGACAAACCAACCUCUGAGCACUGUGAACAAUAAAAUACAUGUUUUUUUAAUGAACAUAUAAUGCAUUUAAUAUUCAAUGUGUAUCUAUAAUUGUGUUGCAAAUAACUCCAUUUAGUAAAAGGAAAAUGUAAUUUCAGAAUUUAACCACUAGAGGGCAAUUGAAGCCUUUGAAUGGCUCAGUCGUGUAUGAAAGAACCAACGCUCCUCUCCAUGCUUAAGGGGCACAUUAUUGUUGCUUCUUCCUUUUGCUGUGGUUACAGAAUAAAUCCAACAUUCAACUUGAUGAUAUAUUUAUUGUAAGCAUAGCUGGAGGGGUCUGAGCUCAUAUGUUAACCAAAAUCUUGGUUAAAAAACAGACAGGUGGAAAUUCAGCAGCUUAAAGUUUCGCACAGUUGCAGUUUGCAGGAUAAACAGCAGAGAACAUGAAAGUGAAUGAGUCACACUGUUGAAUCAUAAAACUUUGCACUGAAGUUGGAAGCACAUUUUUACAAAAAAAAAAAAAAAAACUAAGACAAACACAUACAGCAGAAGUUAUCAGAGAUUAAAACAAGUUUGACAUCCUGAAUGUCACACAAAGGGAAAAUAAAUGGAUUAAUGGGGAUUAGGUAUUCAAAAGAGACAAACUUGUGCAAAUACAGCGUUGAAAAAGAGAGAAAGCUCACACAGGAUAAGAUAUAGAAUGGAGUGAGAGGAGAGGUACUACAGAUGGCCUGUGUUUCCCUCAUUUGCAUAUCUUUAAUUUGCAUUGCAAAAGAGGGUUCGUAGAUUGUGACAGAUGCAGAGUCAACUUGUGUUUGGUCACCCAUUAAAUCCCAUUACACUGGACUGGUCGACUUUCUAAACUUUAUCUUGUUGAGAGUUUAAAACAGAACUGCCCAUGGCUUUUUUUUUAUUGCUACUACUUUUUUUUUUAUUUCUUUGGAACUUUCUGGGUUCUUGCUUUGGGUAGCUGAAAGUCACACACACACACACACACACACACACACACACACACACACACACACACACACACACACACACACACACACACACACACACACACACACACACACACACACACACACACACAUGCACACUGAGUGAGACAGAAGUUAUGUUUUUAAAGUGUUAAAUCUGUUCAUCUGAGCUUGACAUCUGCAAUCCAUUCAGGCUGAUAAUUCUGUUUUACCGUCUUUCUGUCUCCCACUCAAAACACACACACACACACACACACACACACACACACACACACACACACACUAUUCCCCUCAGUCACUCAAUACUCAUCCAGCAGCAUGUGUCACUGUAAAUAUUGACACUGCAAACAAAGCCCCCUCUUUCUCCCCCCCUAAAUGUCAUCCUGACACUCCCUCUGUAAAGACAUGCACCCCAUCAUCAGCCAGUCCUCGUGAUAAGCAUCUCCCUCCACUUUGCAGACUGGGGAAAUCCUUUUUGCCACUGCUCAAAAUGGUUACACAGAAUCCACCUGUACUUGCUUAAUCAAUGACUAAGAUCAAAUAAAUCACAUUUGAGUUCACAAUUAUCUCUGAACCUGCUGUAAGCUAAUUUUUUCAGCUGUGUGUGUAGAAAGUGAAAAAUGAAACUUGUGGUGUUCUGCUGCGUCUGUCUCCCUCUGUCUGUCUGGAUACUUUGCUCUGCACUGAAAGAGUUAAUCUCUUGUUGUUAGUCACUGUUCUAUCCACAUGCACUGUACACACUCCUUUUCUUAGUAUCAUCUUUCUUUCUUUGAAUAAUGAUCACUUAUGUGCUGUACUUAAACAGAAAGACAUAUUGAACGUGGGCAAAUAUUAAGUGAAAAAUG